CAAAAUGAAGAUUCGACUAGCAAGCAAAAUCAGUCGAACCGACGGAUCUUCUCACACUAGCACUGAAACUUGAUUCCCUGCUAGACGGUGGUACAGGAUCUUCAAAGUUGUCCCCAGCCGCCACUAGACCGCCUAAGAGGGCAUCUUGUGUUAGUGUGAAUGACAUAAUUUUCUUCGUCGCGUUUAAGUUUGUGGUUCCAGUAAGUAGGUAGUAAAUAUUUGCCAAUACUCUGUCAACCUAAUCAUGCAUGCAUGAUUUUUUUCCUCUGGUCCUACAAACGGUCACCACUUCAAGUGCUAAUUAAUACGGCGCAUAAAAUUUCCGUAAUAACCGUUAGCGUAACGCCACCGUAGAGAGCAGUCUGUUUAUUAAAUUGCUACAGUUGCGAGCAGAGACAAUUUUUAUCUUUGCACGGUUGAAGUGAAGAAGCAUUGGUCAGCUGUUUUUGUUAAAAUACUGUUGAAUUGCAAUAUAAGAAUCUAUUUUAUACUCAUUGGCAAAACACACCUUCGGCAAAAUAUGUAUCUUCGUUCACUUUUCUCGACAACCGGCAAACAACUUUCCCAUCGCACCGCCAGUCAAACUUCGUGGCUUCGACAGUUUGCUUCCGGUCAUCGCGAAAUCCCUGCCCUAACAAAGGAACGCUACCCAUCGAUAAAACGCGGCCAGUUUUCGGAAGUGUCCGACAGUGAUGUAGCACAGUUCGAGUCGAUUCUUGGUGGCAGUAAUCGAGUGUUGACUCAACCCGAAGAAAUACAGGGCUACAAUAUCGACUAUUUGGGAAGUGUUCGUGGUUUCAGUAGAGUUGUUCUAAAGCCGAAAAGUACCGAUGAGGUGUCCGAAAUAUUACGGUAUUGUAACGAGCGGAAGUUGGCGGUGUGUCCACAAGGGGGGAACACCGGUUUAGUUGGAGGAUCGGUCCCGGUGUUCGAUGAGAUCGUCAUAUCGCUCCAGUUGAUGGAUAAAAUUGAACGAAUUGAUGAGUAUUCCGGCAUCCUGGUAUGUCAAUCUGGAUGUGUUCUGGAAACUUUGGAACAGAAAGCUGCCGAGAAGGGACUGGUGAUGCCGCUGGACCUCGGAGCGAAGGGAUCCUGCCACAUCGGAGGUAAUGUGUCAACCAAUGCCGGAGGUUUGAGGUUGGUUCGAUACGGCAAUCUUCAUGGUUCGGUGUUGGGAGUCGAAGCGGUCACGGCUGACGGACGCAUAAUGGAUUUAAUGUCCAACUUCAAAAAGGACAACACUGGCUAUCAUCUGAAGCACUUGUUCAUAGGAUCAGAAGGUACUCUAGGUGUAAUCACUCGUCUGAGUAUAUUCUGUCCUACAGCUUCCAAAUCGGUCAAUGUAGCGUUUUUGGGAUUAGAGAAUUACGAAUCAGUGAAGAACACUUUCCUUGCUGCCAAACAAGGACUUGGUGAAAUUUUGUCCUCCUGUGAAAUGAUUGAUGCUCUUUCGUUAGAGAGCAGUACCUAUCAUUUCAAUCUGCAGUCACCAAUCGACAAGUACCCAUUUUACAUGUUGAUCGAAACAUCCGGAAGCAACAUGAACCACGACGAGGAAAAGCUCACCAAUUUCUUGACAAGUGCGAUGGAAAAAGGGUUAGUUAUUGACGGCACAGUUACCAACGAGCCUACCAAAAUGAGAAACAUCUGGAAACUCCGGGAACUGAUAGCAGACAGCCUAAUCAAUGAUGGGUACUGCUUUAAAUAUGACAUAUCCUUGCCACUGGACAAUUUCUACGACAUUGUGCUAGCCGUACGGGAAAGAGUUGGCCCACUAGCAACCAAGGUUACUGGUUACGGUCACAUCGGUGAUUCUAACCUGCAUCUCAAUGUGUCCUGUUCGAAGUAUGGUACCGAGAUUCACAAACUACUGGAGCCAUAUGUGUACGAGUACACAUCGAACGUGCGGGGCAGUGUGAGCGCGGAACACGGCAUUGGGUUCCUGAAAACCAAGUACCUCAAAUAUUCCAAACGGCCGGAAUCGUUAGCUUUGAUGCAUCAGUUGAAGCAAUUGAUGGAUCCGAAUGGAAUCUUGAAUCCCUACAAAGUACUACCUCAGGUGUGAAUUUUGUUAUAAGCAGAAAUUUAUAUGGAAAAAUAAAAUUCUGCCUGUUGGGUAUUUAUUCGAUUUUACUGGAUUGAAAAA